AUGCAUCAACUCAUUGGCUCACUACCUCAUCGUUCUCUGGCAAAUCUUGCGAAUAAGUAUGGUCCAUUCAUGCACCUUAAACUUGGACAAGUUUCUCAUAUCAUAGUGUCUUCACCAGAAUAUGCCAAAGAAAUAAUGAAGAACCAUGAUCAGAUCUUUGCAAACAGACCCAGAAUUCUUGCCUCUGAUAUCUUUGCCUACGAUAGCACAGACAUCAUCUUUUCCCCAUAUGGAAACUACUGGAGGCAACUUCGAAAGAUCGGUACUUCGGAGAUUUUCUCAGCAAAGAGGGUUCAAUCAUUCAGAAGGAUCAGAGAAGAGGAGGUAUCAGAACUCGUAAGGAAUAUUGCUGAACAUGAAGGCUCUUUCAUGAACCUUAGUAGAAAAAUCUCCACGCUCACGAAUUCCGUAGUUGCGAGAACGGCCUUUGGGACAAAGACAAAGAACGUAGACCAGAUGCUGCAAAUUAUGGAGCAAUCGAUAAAGCUAAGCUCUGGGUUAUCAAUUUCUGAUUUGUAUCCGUCGCUGAAAUUUAUCAGCGUCAUCACUGGGACGAGAGCUCGAAUUAUGAAGGUGCACAAAGAUGGAGAUAAGGUGUUUGAUGACAUUAUCAGAGACCACAGAGAAAAGAAAAGAAAUAAUGAUGGAGACACAGAGGAGGAUCUUGUUGAUGUUCUUCUCAGGAUUCAAAAGGAUAAGGACUUUGACACCCCCUUAUCUCUUGACAACGUUAAAGCUGUUCUUAAAGAUAUUUUCUUUGCUGGAACUCAAACAACAGCAACUACAACAGAAUGGGCGAUGUCAGAAUUACUCAGAAAACCAAAGGUCAUGAAAGAGGCACAAGAAGAG